UCUGCUUCUUCCUUGGGAAGUAUAAAUGCAGUUCAAUAUCUCUUGUAGCUGUUCCCUUCCACUCUUCUUCAAAAGGCUUCCUUUGUACAAUAUAUAUAGCCCUAUACAUUCUACGCUUAAUUAUGAGACUCAUCGCUCUGUCUUCUGCUCUUUUGGUCCUAAGCUGUGGUGCCAGAGCUCAGGUUAACACUACAGAUAUCACAAGCUCAACGGCAUCAAACACCGAUGCCACGUCCAACGCCCCAACUGGAACCGAUACAACUGUCCCUGUUGCUUGGGCAAACGCAAACUUUGCAAACACCGGCGCCUUGUUUGGUGUUGCUGCUGGUGCAAUUGCGCUUCUGAUCUGAGCUCUAGCUCGAUUCUUCCUAUGUACAAUAAUUGAUUGGUGCAAAAUCGCAUUCGGAUCCA